GGCAUUUCCACAAUGUACAGGUGGCGGACUGGGGAUGAGGAUUGUUUGGCGGUGGAGUCGGUGGUAAAUCAAGAACGGAAAGCUGUUCAACUAAAUCAACAAAGAAUGAAGCUACGUAUUUUAUGGAAGAGUGCUGGAAACGAGAUGUAAUACUAUACUUUUUCCCAUCAAUAUCCUCGGCCAGCGUAACAGCAAGUCUUAUUAUUGUCUGAUACUCGAUCAAAGAAUUAGCCUAGCGUGGCAUAAGUACUGUUCAUUCCUGAUAAGUCUUAUUCACUGAUACUUUUUCCCCAUGAAUAUCCUCGUUAGUACUACGAUAACCCAAAACAUAGUUCUUCGAAAUUGAGGUCUUGAAGCUUUUCAUCUUCGUUGAUCGAGAUGAGCAAGUCAGUGGCGGAUAAACCUCAUGCAGUGUGCAUCCCAUAUCCAGAGCAAGGGCACACGUUGCCUCUUCUGCAAUUAGCCAAGCUUCUUCAUUCAACUGGUUUCCACAUAACCUUUGUCAUCCCCGAGUUCUAUCACGACCACAUAAGGCACUCCCAGGGACUUGAUGUCAUGAAGGGCUUGUCCGACUUCCAGUUCCGGAUCAUACCAGACGGGUUGCCGCCAUCCGAACGCAAAGCCUCCCCAGAUGUUCCGACUCUCUGUGAUUCAACUAGGAGAAACUUUUUGAACCCGUUCAAACAGUUGGUGGCUGGGCUGAAUUCCUCGGUGGAGGUGCCUUCAGUAAGCUGUAUAAUUGCUGAUGGGGUCUUGAGCUUUGCUAUAAAGGCUGCUGCGGAGUUGGGGAUUCCAGAGGUUCAGUUUUGGACUGCUUCUGCUUGUGGCUUCAUGGGGUAUCUGUAUUUUGAUGAGCUUAUUCAAAGAGGAAUUCUGCCGUUCAAAGAUGAAACAUUCUUGAGUGAUGGUACACUUGACACACCCAUCAAUUGGAUCCCGGGAAUGAAAAACAUCCGCCUGAGGGACCUCCCAAGUUUCAUCAGAACUACAAACAUAGAUGACGUAAUGUUUGAUUUUAUGGGAUCGGAAACCCGAAACUGCUUGAGUUCUUCUGCUAUCAUCUUCAACACAUUCGACGAGCUUGAACAUGAUGCGUUAGAAGCAAUUUCAACAAAGUUUCCCCAAAUAUACACAGUUGGUCCCUUAUCCUUACUAAGCAGAGAAGUAACUGAAAGCCAUUUGAAGCCAUUAAGAUUGAGUGUGUGGAAGGAAGACCAAAAAUGCCUCGAGUGGCUUGAUACACAGGCCCCCAAAUCUGUUGUGUAUGUAAGUUUUGGCUGCUUAACCACGGUGACGGACCAAAAGUUAAGAGAAUUUGCAUGGGGACUGGCAGAGAGUAAGCAGCCAUUUUUGUGGGUACUGAGGCCUGAUAUGGUCUUGGGUGAUGCAGCUAUUUUACCUGAAGAUUUCUUAGAAGAAACGAAGAACAGGGGAUUUCUAGCAAGUUGGUGUCCGCAAGAGCAAGUUCUUGCACACCCAUCAGUUGGGGCUUUCCUCACUCACUGUGGUUGGAAUUCUACUUUGGAAGGCAUAUGCGGGGGCGUGCCAUUGAUAUGCUGGCCAUUCUUUGCAGAUCAACAACCAAAUACUCGAUAUGCUUGCGUCCAUUGGGGCAUUGGCAUGGAAUUGAACGAUGACGUAAAGCGCACAGACAUUAUAGCAAUUCUGAAGGAAAUUAUGGAAGGAGACAAAGGCAAGGAGUUGCGGCAAAAUGCUGAAGAGUGGAAAAGGAAAGCAGAACAUUCAACUGCUGUCGGUGGUUCAUCCUACGGUAAUUUCAAUAGAUUGAUUAAGGAACACUUUCAUGCUAAUUAGUUAGCUUAAGCAAAUUAGUCAUGAAGAGGAACAUAUUGCAGAGCUUAGUUUAUACAUGCUCUUGGAUUAAUUAUUACUCAUUUCCUUGAACUUU